AUUCGUCAGUUUUCGGGCGAGGAGGCAGCGCAGUUUGGUGUUUUAUUGAGCGGCCUGCCAAAAGAAAACUGAAACAUGGCUAAAAGUCUUUCGGCUACCCAGGCAAAUAAGGAACAUGCCCUGGUGGUAUCCCGUGACUUCAUAUCCCAGCCCCGUCUGACUUACAAGACGGUGUCGGGUGUAAACGGACCCCUUGUCAUCUUAGAUGAGGUGAAAUUCCCCAAAUUCUCUGAGAUUGUACAGCUCAGACUCGCUGAUGGCACCCUCCGGUCUGGUCAGGUGCUGGAAGUCAGCGGUACCAAGGCCGUUGUCCAGGUAUUCGAAGGUACAUCGGGUAUCGACGCCAAGAACACGCUCUGCGAGUUCACGGGAGACAUCUUGCGCACACCCGUCUCUGAAGACAUGUUGGGUCGUGUGUUCAACGGUUCCGGUAAACCAAUCGACAAAGGACCCCCAAUCCUCGCUGAGGACUUCUUGGAUAUUCAGGGUCAACCCAUCAACCCAUGGUCGCGUAUCUACCCCGAGGAAAUGAUUCAGACUGGUAUCUCCGCUAUCGACGUGAUGAACUCCAUCGCUCGUGGUCAGAAGAUCCCCAUCUUCUCUGCGGCCGGUUUGCCUCACAACGAAAUCGCCGCCCAGAUCUGUAGACAGGCCGGUCUUGUCAAGGUGCCCGGUAAAUCAGUUUUGGAUGACCACGAAGACAACUUCGCCAUCGUGUUCGCUGCUAUGGGUGUCAACAUGGAGACGGCCAGAUUCUUCAAGCAGGACUUCGAAGAGAACGGUUCCAUGGAGAACGUGUGCCUGUUCUUGAACUUGGCCAACGAUCCCACCAUCGAGAGAAUCAUCACCCCACGUCUGGCUCUCACGGCCGCUGAGUUCUUGGCCUACCAGUGUGAGAAACACGUACUGGUAAUCCUGACGGACAUGUCUUCGUACGCGGAGGCUCUGCGUGAGGUGUCGGCCGCUCGUGAGGAGGUGCCCGGACGAAGAGGUUUCCCAGGUUACAUGUACACGGAUUUGGCCACCAUCUACGAGCGUGCCGGACGUGUCGAGGGCCGUAACGGAUCCAUCACACAGAUCCCUAUUCUUACUAUGCCUAACGAUGACAUCACCCAUCCAAUUCCUGACUUGACAGGUUAUAUUACUGAGGGACAGAUCUACGUAGACCGUCAGCUCCAUAACAGACAAAUCUACCCACCAGUCAACGUGUUGCCUUCCCUGUCACGUCUGAUGAAGUCCGCCAUCGGCGAGGGCAUGACCCGCAAGGAUCACUCUGACGUGUCCAACCAGCUGUACGCUUGCUACGCUAUCGGUAAGGACGUGCAGGCCAUGAAGGCCGUGGUGGGUGAAGAGGCGUUGACGCCUGAUGACUUGCUGUACCUUGAGUUCCUUACCAAGUUUGAGAAGAACUUCAUCACCCAGAGCAACUACGAGAACCGUACAGUCUUCGAGUCCCUGGACAUCGGCUGGCAGCUUCUCCGUAUCUUCCCCAAGGAGAUGCUCAAACGUAUCCCGGCUUCCAUCCUCGCAGAGUUCUACCCCAGAGACUCGCGCCACUAAACUCGCCCCACGGAUACGCGCGGCCCGACACGCUAGCCAGAAACUUUAUUCUUUUAAUAUUGAGUGUUGUCAUACUAUAUCGAAGAAUAUUCGCCUUGAAAAAAGUAGGGGAUAUUGAUGAUUGUAUUUCUGUAUCAUUAAUUCCUUAUAUAAGAUAUGUUUUUUUAAUAAACAUCCUACACUGUAUUUUUUAGGCAAUAUAAAAAAUAAAUUAUGACAACACUGAUUUUAAUUUUACCAUAUUUGUCAUCAAUACUAUUGCUUUUUUGAAAGUAAAUUCUGAGUGAAUUAACUGUACAACGAUUUUAAUUAUAGCGGAGAUUCUAUUUAUAGUUUUUUUUUUUUUAUUUAUUAUUAUUACCUCUUCGCUCGGCUGGGAUGUCGGUCCGCGGUAAAUUGUAAGAUAUUAUACUGUUUACUAGUAAGUUGUUAAUAGUUUAUUAAUAAUGUGUAUUACAUGUAUUACAAUCAAGUUACAAAAUUAUAACAAUCGUGUUGCUUUAUAAUAAUUAGAAAAAAAUAAAUAAAUGUUUAUAAUAGCCAUAUAACGGUGUUGCUACGUGAAAGGAAAUGUUGCCGUCUCGUGUAUAUAUUUUCUUCUGAAGUAGUAUUUUUUGCUGGACGAAUUGAAUAAUAAAUGUAUUUUUGUUAUAAUGCUGGUGCUUCUCCGACACAUGAUAUUUAUCUGUUGUUUUCGUGCACAAAUUGUUGAAAGUGUGUUCAAUGGAAAUGUAUUUAAUCUAUAAAAUUAUAUUGUAAUAACAUCAUCGCGUAAUACACGUCCAUGUGUGAUAUUUCUGAAUUCGUAACAAUUUGUGACAGAAUGUUAUUUAUGUAAAUAGCAAUAAUAAAUUCAUAUAGCCCCGUAACAAUAUGUUGCAUUCCACGUCGAGUUCUCCUCGUUCACUCUUUAAAUUCUAUCUUCAAUGAAUAAGUGAAUUAGGACAUUGUUGUUUUAUGGAAAUAAAAAGUAUAGAAGUUAAA